AUGCAUCUCCAUAAUCGAGCCACCACCCACGACCUCGACUACUUGCUUAACGCGCGCACCUUCGGCCGACGUUUCCAGGCCGUCAAAGAAGAAUUACGGCGUCUCAUCAGUAGAGUUGCCAGAACCCUCAACUAUGAGGACGAAUGGGCCAAUGAUGAGGUUUCGACCUUCUUGAAUUAUCUCAGUGAUCCGCAGAUCCUGUUUGACGAUUCGAAGCGGCAGGGCAUCAUUGUUUACCAGAACGACUGCCUGGUCAUCUACGCAGUAAAGUGGGAAUGGGUGCUCUCACGAAAGCUGAAACGCAUACAAAGACCGCAUCGCGAACCCAAGCCUCAAGACUGGCUGGAUUGCAUCUCAAUCGCCAGUCUCCUCUUCAGAAGAAAUGGCCACAAGCUGAGUCCUAUCAUCCUCAAACGUUAUGACAACGCUCAACGAGAGAUACCUGUUUUGCCGGAAACGGUGGCUGAAUUGAAGAGCCGUGUGCAAAGGCUAACGAAUCUGGAAACCUUUCCUGGGACAGUCUGGGUGUACACUCGUCGUGGCUUCCACUAUCAAUGGACCACAGGAGAGCUGAUCCCGCAUAAUCUGUGGCCCUUGGUAAGAGGAAUAAAGAAUGUGUAUGUCGGCGACCAACGAAGAUGGAGGAUGUACGACUUUGGAAAGAGUCCUGUUGUGAUGGGAGCUCAAGUUGGUCGCUCACCCCUGAAUGCGAUGAAAGCAUCGCUGUGA